AUGGAGAAACCAUGCAAGUCAUCAAAGAAGAAAAUUACAAUCUUGAAAUUACUACCAAAAGCAGCUGCUGCAGCUGCUUUUAUACUACAAAAUGCACAUGCACCUUUUAGUCCAAGUAGAGAAAAAAGAUUAGAACAUCAUCACAAAAAUCACCACCAUAAAGGAUUUACAGGCCCAAUAAUACCAGUAAUUCCGGCCCAUCAAGUUUCGGGUCGAAAAUCCGAGCCCGGUUCGCCUAAAAUAUCAUGCAUGGGGCAAAUCAAGCAAAAUAAAGAGAAGACGUUGAAUCUUAUGAGAAGUAGCGAAAAUACUAGCCCUGGUAAAAAUCAACGAAAAAACAUUACAAGGAAAUCGAUGUCUAAUUUUGGUAGUAUGUUUGGUGGCAAAUCAAAAUUGAUAUCAGGGCGAAAAUCAGAUGUUACAACUGAGAAUAUUGUUUGUAAACUUCCUGAUAGAGCACCUUGUUUGAGUCAAAUGCAACGAUUCGCUAGUGGUAGGGAACCGUUGACCAAUUUUGACUGGAGGUCGAUACAAAUUACACCUCAAGAUGAACGUAAGUAUUAUACAGACGAUGAUGAUGACGAUGAUGACGACGAAAUUAGUCCUUUUUCUGGUCCAAUAUUAUUAGGUAGAAGUAGAACAACUAUAUGUUUGGAGCCAAGGAAGGAAAUUAAUUUAUGGAAAAGGAGAACUAUGGUCCAACCUAAGCCUCUUCAAUUGCAAUAUUAG